CAAUCGUUCCCAAUUGCUCUAGUUAAGACAGCCCAUCCGCCGGCCGUGCCACUGUAUUUCCCCAUAUUGUUGUCCUAUUCUCGUCUUCGUUCUCCCUUCUGGCGUUCUCCCCGUUCGCGUCUCAAGACGGCCCAACUCGAAACAGCAGCCAGGUCCAAGUGUCGAUUCCACUAAAAAAGAGUUGCGGCUCUAUCAUCCAGUCUUUAUUCGACUGUGAGUUGAUCAAGUCGGCUAGCAGAUUUUUGUAAAAGGCAUCUCUCCGGAUUGCUAGCCAGGAGACAGUUUACCAUGUCUUCUAAUGCUACAAACGCCGACACGUCCACACCGGACGCAGUGUCGAGCCCGUCUGAUUCUCCGUCUGAUAGCCCGUCUGUGAGCCCGACUGAGACUACGUCUACCAGUCCUCCAGCUGAGACUUCCAGUAACCCGACAACAUCAACUUCUACUUCAGCACCAGCAUCGCCACCUACCUCCACGUCUGAGACUACAAGUACUUCUAACCCCCCACCGCCUACUACUACGUCGACGUCAACAUCAACCCCCCCAACCCCUACGUCACCGACAUCGACAUCGACAUCGACACCGUCUAGCUCUACUUCGGAGACUCCAACUCCGACUCCAACAAGCGUGGUCAUCACUACAACGCAAGUGACCACGGGGGAAGAUGGAAGUACACAAUUUAUCACCGUUACCUCGACCCAGGUGACUGCGCAGCCUGCGCAGCCGACAAGUCAGACAUCUUCGGCAGGCCCGUCUGAUGCAAUUAUAUCCCCAGGUGCUUCUAACUCGCCCCAUAUGGCCGAGCAGGCCAAGAUUGCUGUUGCUGUUGUAGUUCCAAUCGCUGCUGUGGCGUUGCUAGUCGCUGCGGGUAUCUACUUCUGGAGGAGACGAAAGCAACGAAAGGAUGCUGCAGAGGAGAGGCGGAAAGAAGUAGAAGACUACAGCUACAACCCAAAUAACGACCCGACUUUGCCAGAAGUAGGAGCCGCUGGUGCCGCAGGAGCCUACGAGAUGAAGGAAGAUGGAUCAGGCUAUCGUGGAUGGGGUUCUACCACCCUAGCGGGUUCAACUGGGAGAAAAGCUUCCACCACAAUGUCUGGAGGUGCAGCAGGAGACGGUUUAAUGGGCGAUCGUUCUAACUCGCCAACUGAGGGUGAGAUCCUCGGCGCUAUGGGCCCAACUGCCGAUGGCAAUAACGGCAACGGUGAUGUUCGCCGUGGACCCUCCAAUGCCUCGUCGUCCUAUAGUGCAGCCGGCAGAUCAGAUGGCUCUGGGGAGAAUGGUGCCUCUUACGGAGGUCCGGCUUACCUGGAUCAAUACGGCGGGAACAACCCGUAUGCUGACGGCGCAUACGGACAACCUGUUAUACGGGACAACCCAGCUCGACGCAAUACCCGCAUUGAGAACCCGUCGCACUAUCCUCAACAAAGCACCGGUAUCUCUCAAAACUUUUGAAUUCUCCGUACUGGUUUUCUGUUACUGUUCAGAUGAUACCCGAACCUGGACACAAUAUAUCUUCUUUCGGGCGACGGUAUUAUGUCGUGUUUUACAUUUUGUCUUGGAUUCUAAAAGGAGUUCAGCGGUCUUUGCAUCACAGCUUACUAUCCUUUGUGCAUAAUAUUUCUACUAGCGAAUCUGCUCUAGAUGUUUUUUUUUCUUCUUCUGGAGAUCUUAAUUCCAAGAUCAUAACAUACAAAGAAAGGGAAUAUGGCGACUGCUAUAUAUAUUCGACUGAAGCGAUUU